AUGAGAACAGACACAACGCGCAACAUGGAUAGUCAGGAGUUGGUCGAUAUCGAUGGCUACCGAAGGAUUGUGAAGCAUUCGACGGAAUUGCGUCGCUACCAAACGGCUCUGUUUUGGGCCGAAAAGGUAACGGUCCUGAGCAAUGACGAUCCGCGUGAUGUGUACUGGGAAGCUCAGUGUAUGUUUCUGUUGCGAGAGUACCACAGGGCAGUCCACAUCAUUCGGAGCCGCCAGUUGGAGAAGAAAAAUCUGCUUUGUUACUAUUUGGCUGCCGAAUGCAUGACCGAGGCAAAGGAGUACCAGGAAGCGCUGAACAUCCUCAAUUCGGUCGACUGUGAAAUGCUCGGCCUUUCGACUGGCACUAGAGAUGAUUCCCGAGACGACGUAGAGACCAGCACAGUUUACGAGGAGCCGAACCGAAACGAAAUACUUGCUUCGGUUUACUUUCUCAAAGGCAAAGUACUGGAAGCCAUGGACAACCGAAUUCUGGCGAUGGACUGUUACGUGCAGGCGCUUCACAAAUCCGUCUACUGCACCGAGGCGCUCGAUGCCCUGGUGCAGCAUGAAAUGCUGAUGCCUUGGGAGGAAAAAGAAUUGAUGCAACACAUUCCGAUGACACAACAGUGCACGGAGGCGGAACGCAAGGUGCUAAAGUGUCUGUACGAGAGCAAACUGAAGAAAUACUACGACUCGAUAGUGCCACACUCUUCUGCCGAGCAAACGCCGAUCAUGUCGGGAAAUUCUAAUUUCUGGCACGAAUUGAAAGAAAAAAUGAAGAAUACAAAAAAUGCCGAAACAUCCAAACUGUCUACAAGCAGUUCGUUCGCCCAGGGGCAGGACCAACAGAUAAUGUCACCGGCGAAAAAAAUUCUUGAAGAUCUCAAAAACACUCCCUCGUAUCUGAUCCAUACCUCACUGACGAAGGCUUCGCUUCUCGGUUCGACUGGUGCUUCCGGUGGGUCAACUACGCUCGGGGAAACGGGACUUACGAACAAUUCGACCCGAAAGGAGACACCGUUUCGAAUCAACCGGCCACCCACCAGCGCCAGCUCGUAUACCAUUCCCUUUAGCCAAUGCAUGGAUAAACUGGAGACCAGCAUUGACCUGGUGAUAGCGCAGGCGGAGCGGUUGUUCUACGACUGCGAGUACAAGUUGUGCAUUAAGAUGCUCGACGCCAUACUCAAGCGUGAUCCGUACCACAAGCGAUCGCUCACGGUUCAGAUCGGUUGCUUGAUGGAGUUGCGAGAUUUUAACCGGCUCUUCUACGUGGCCCACAAACUGGUGGACUUUUAUCCGGAUGAUGCAAUCUCCUGGUACGCCGUAGGCUGCUACUAUGAUCUCAUAGGCAAGAGUGAUCCUGCGCGACGGUACCUGUCGAAGGCGACCACCUUGGACCGGUUGUUCGGCCCGGCCUGGCUAGCGUACGGCCACUCGUUCGCGAAGGAAAACGAACACGAUCAAGCGAUGGCGGCAUAUUUCAAGGCGACACAACUGAUGCGCGGUUGCCACCUGCCGCUGCUAUACAUUGGCGUAGAAUGUGGACUAACGAAAAAUCCGGAGAUGGCGGAAAAGUUCUUCAACCAGGCGAUGGCGAUUGCGCCGCUCGACGUGUACGUGCUGGCCGAGCUGGCCGUGAUCAAGUUUGAGUACGAACAGUACGAGAAUGCGGAGGAGGUGUUACGCCAAACGCUGGACAUGGUGCGGAUAAUGGCAAAACAGAAUAACGAGCAACUCUCCACGCGCUGGGAACCGUUGUUGAACAACCUUGGUCACUGUUGCCGAAAGAACAAAAAGUACGAAGAAGCACUAGAGUUUCAUCGGUGGGCACUGUCUCUGAAGCCACUGAGCGCUGCCACGUACACGGCGAUCGGUUUCGUGCAAGCGCUCAUGGGCCAACUGUACGAGGCGGUUGACUCGUUCCACAAGAGUUUGUCCCUUAAGCGGGACGAUGUGUUUACUACCACCUUCCUGAAGUAUGUCAUUGAGGAUCUGGCAGAGGAGCAGUCGUUGCCGUUCUACACGAUCGACGGCGCAGAGGAGGAACAAGAUGGGAACAAGAAAACGACGGAGGAUGGUCAGGACGAUGAAGUAAUGAUCACAUCGAUGGACAAAUCGUCCGAUGCAGGGCCCAAUUCGGCUGCCGUUUCUGUCACUGGUGGAGCAACAGAAAAUGUACCGCUUUUGCGCGUUAAACUCCGGUUCGACGAGUGUGACUCGAAUGCGUCCGCCUUGAGUGACACUAGCGCAGAUGAUAUGAGCAUGGACAUUUAAGUACCGGAGCAAACCAUCCCGAACGGUACCGUUCUGUGAGUAAGAUGCUCCAACGCUCACACUGGAAUAAAGCUACACGU